AUGCCUUUGACCGGAAAGCUCCCCACGAAAGUCCCAAUCGCGAUCAACCCCAAAUCACACUUCAAGCUUCAUCUUUGCCCCAACCUUGCAAUGCAUCUGCAACGCCCAACCCCCGCCCAACCUGCCGCCCUCUGCUCAAAGGCCGCAUCCCUCCAUGCAGCUGACACUGACACCUUCCUCACCGCCGCCGCCAGUGGCCCGCCACCACCACCACCUCCGCCGCCUCCUCCGCCGCCGCCUCCGAGGCGUCCUUCAUGGCCAAGAUCAUCCAACGGGUAUUUGGUGGUGUGGUACUUUGAAGACUGGCUCAAGAAGUAUUUUUUCUCCAUCCUCCAGAUCCUCGAGACCCUAUCCCUCGACCACCUGCCCUACGUCCGCACCCAGUCCCUCACGCUCAUAUCCACCCUCCUGCGUGACUCGCCGGAGCAGGAACACAACCGUAACCUCCUCCGGCUGCUCGUCAACAAGCUGGACGACACCGACAAGGCGCUCUGCGCUCUGGAGGUGGUGGGGAUGGUUAUGCGGCCUGGUGCCUCUGGUGCUGCUGCGUCGACUUCUGCUAGCACCGCCGAUGCGACCGCCGACGGGGAAGGGAAAACAUAUCAGGUUCUCCUCUUCCACACCGGCGGCGAAGCCCAAACCCAGCAACCCCAUGCACGGUACUACGCCGCCGUGACGUUCAACCAGAUCGUCCUCUCGCCCGCCGAUCGCGAGGUCGCGCUCCGGUUGUUGGACGUGUAUUUCGGGAUGUUCAAGGAGGUGUUGGGCGAGGGGUCCGAGUCUGACUCUCCCGCUGCCGCUGACGGCGGUGCUGAUGGGGAAGUGGAUAAGGAGGGCAAGAAGAAAGGGGAGACUGAGGGAGGGGAGAAAGCAGGGGAGAAGAAAGGGGCUGCAGGCUUCACAGAGGUCGAAGACGCGAACUCGCGCCCGCGCCUCGUCUCUGCGAUCCUGACCGGUGUGAACCGCGCGCUGCCGUUCGCGAAGGUGGAGGCUGGGGAUGUUGGUAGUGAUUGGGGUGAUGAACAGAAUAACAGGAUCAACAAGCACAUCGACACGCUCUUCCUCAUCACGCACAAAUCGAUGGUCAACGUCUCGCUGCAGGCGCUCAUGCUCAUCCAGCAAAUCACCGCUUCCAUGCUCUCUUCCUCCUCCUCCUCCUCCUCCUCCUCCCAGUCUUCCUCUACCACCACCACCACCACCACCCCAUCAUCAUCAAAAACCACCACAAAAUCCAUCAUUGACAGGUAUUACCGCACCCUCUACGCCUCACUACACAACACGCGCCUUGCCACUUCCUCAAAGCAGGCGAUGUACCUCAACCUCUUCUUCAACAGCGUCAAAGCUGACGUAGGGUCCACGGGGGGUAAGGAAGAUAACGAAAGAGUGAAGGCGCUCGUGAGAAGGAUCGUGCAGGUGUUGGUUAGUGGGGGUGGGGGCGCGACGGAAUUUGUGGCUGGGGGGUUGUAUUUACUCAGAGGGCUGUUCAGCUCGAUACCGGCGUUGAGGCAGAUGGUUACGCGACCGCCGAAGGAGGCGAAGGAUGGAGAGGAGGAGGAGUACGACCCGAGGAAGCGAGAACCGCAGUUCGCACAUGCUGGUUCGUCGUCUUUGUGGGAGCUCCAGCCCCUCACUGCCUCCGCUGACCUCUCGCAGAACACCCUCUCGCACUUCCUCGACCGGUUCGUGUACAAGAACCCCAAAAAGCUUAAAAACACCAAGAACGCCACGGGUGAAGAUGCGCAUACAACUGUGAUACUAGGCGCCAAAGGAGCGAGCGUGAUGCAGCCUGCGGCGAGUGCGCUGGAGGGGGUGAAGCUGGUGAAGGGCGAGAUGCCGGGUGGCGGUGGGCUUGGGGUGAACGAGAAGGCGUUUGUGAGGAGGAAGAGGGGCGAGGUGCCGGUUGAUCAGUUGUUCUUCCAUGAUUAUUCCACGAGGAAGCAGGAGAGGGAGAGGGCGAUGACGAAGAAGAGGAAAGAUGGUGCCGAGGACGAGGAUGAGGAGGAAGAUGAAAAGGAACAGGAGGAGGAACAGGAGAAAGGAGAAGGGGAUGACAAUGAAGAAGAGGAAGACGAAGAGGCGGAUAGCGAUCUCGAAGAGGAGGAGAUUUGGAAGGCCAUGAAAGCGUCCAUGCCCACGGCAGGUGACGAUGACCUCAUGGACGACAGCGGCAGCGAGGACGAUGACGAUGAUGAAGACGAAGUACCGGAGUUUGGAGAUGACAGCGGCCUUGCUGUCGAAGACGAUGACGACGAUCAGGCAGAGGAUGAAGAUGCUGAAGAAAAAGAGGACAGCGAGGACGACGACAUCAUGUCUCUCAUCGAAGGUUCUGAUAACGAGGACCUCAUCUCGUUAGACGGAGACGUACCCGAAGCCGAAGGUCUCAUCGAAUACGACAGGCCCGACGACUCUGACGACGGCGAUGACCCCGGUGUGCUCGUACCCGAUGUUGACGUUGACCCGGAGGAGUGGCACGGUAUCGGCACCUCAAAGAACGACAAGAAGCGGAAACACAAGCAGGCGAUGGCCGGUGGGAAGGGCAGCAAGCGCAAGAAGUUGCGCUCGCUGCCUACGUUUGCGAACUAUGAGGACUACGCGAAGUUGAUCGAGGAGGGGCCGGAGGAUGAUAUCUGA